AUGGAUCACGCCGAGUUGGUGUUGGAAAUGUCUCAUUUGGAGCGGAUGCCCACGGCCGAUAGGUUGGCCCUAGCUAGACGGCGCCGGGUGCAACAAUUACGACUAUGGGCUCAAAAAGAUCGCGAGCGUAGACGGUCAUCUCCACCACGCAACAGUAGGCAUAUAUAUUUCAGUGACAAUGUCAUGUUGUUGGAAGCUGCUUCUAGAAACGAUAUUGAAGAAGUAAAGAGACUUUUGGUCAAGGGGGUCAGUCCAGAUGCUACAAAUGAAGAUGGACUUACUGCCUUGCAUCAGUGUUGCAUUGAUGAUAAUGAACAAAUGAUGAAAAUCCUAGUAGAGUUUGGUGCUAAUGUGAAUGCAGAAGAUAGUGAAAAGUGGACUCCAUUGCAUGCAGCAGCCACUUGUGCUCAUUUACACCUAAUUAAAUAUCUUAUUGAUAAGGGUGCUAAUUUACUUUCCGUAAAUGCUGAUGGUAACAUGCCAUACGAUAUCUGUGAAGAUGAAGCUGCAUUAGAUCUUAUUGAGAGUGAAAUGGCCAGGCGAGGUGUUACACAACAAUUGAUUGACAAUACACGUUCUACUACAGAACAUCGAAUGUUACAAGAACUCCAGCAAGCUGUUGAAAAUAAUCAGAGUUAUUUACUAGAAUCGUAUGAUCACCAAGGAGCUACACCUUUACAUAUUGCUGCUUCCAAUGGUUAUUUAAAAGUGGUAGAAUACUUAUUGGACAACCAUGUUGCAACUGAUGUUAAAGAUUCUGAUGAAUGGCAACCUGUUCAUGCAGCUGCUUGUUGGGGUCAUUUGGAAGUGUUAGAGAUAUUGGUUCAAAAUGGUGCUGAUUUGAAUGCUAAGACAAAAAAUGAUGAAACGCCUGCAGACAUUUGUGAAGAUCCAGAUUUACGUGAUCGUAUAUUACAAUUACGUAAUGAACAAGAGACCAAAAAAGAGGCCCAGAGAAGAAGAGUACGGCGUACACAAUCAAAUAACACAAGAGCUCAAUCUGUUCGAAGGACAUCUAUUAGAGAAAAAACAUUGACAUCUAAAAAAGAUGCAGUAGAAGAAGCUAGGUUAAGGGUUGAAGCUCAGAAUUUUGCAAAAAAGUUUUUGGCUAAUGAGCGUACUACUAGUGACAUUGAGGGAGAUUCAUCAAUAGAUUCAUUUGUCCCAGUACCUAUUCCUGUUCCUUCAACAAUUCCUACUACAGAACGUUGUGAGCCUGAAGGUGAAGACGUUACUGAAGAAAAGGCUCAGUUGGAAUCUGUUGAUGUUGGUCCAGCUGCUGAAACCUGUUAUACAACUGAAAGUGAUGGUAAAAUAAAUAUACAUGUUUCGGUAACUAUCAAUGCGGGUACUUUGGCCGAGUUGAAGAAACAACGAGCACAAACUCGUGCUGCAGCUGGUCUCCUUUCUAAUAGUGCUGAUAUGCCAUCUGAUUCUGGAGCUGGAUUUAAUAGAUUUGCUGGUGAUACUGAGGAUGUGAUCGUUGGCGAUCCAUUAAAAACAAGGCGAAAAUGUUGUAUAAUUUUUUAA